AUGCCCUCUAACAAAGACCGCAUGUAUGUUGUUCUCCAAGCACGAGGAGGCAAACCAACCAUGCCAGGCAAGGAAGACACGUACCAUUGGUCCCUGAUUGUAGGGCCCAAAUUUGAGAGAGAGAAUAGCACGGGUUUCUGUUACCACGCAAACGAGAGUCCAAAGUUGGGAGGAGGCUCUGAGUGGCACUUCGAAGAGCUCGAGUGUUCACUUACCGCUACCGCUACUAGCAUGUUACUCGUUCGUAUCAUGAUUGGCAAGGUAUUGGAUGGAUAUCAUGUAGCCGAAAUUAUGCGCAAUACGCCUGUCCGACAGAAUCGACCGGGAUGGAAUUGCGUUGCAUGGGUAAAGGAGGCUUUGGAAACGCUCAAGGCCGAUCACAAAGCUUUAGGCACGAGGAUGCUUGAGUGGAGCAUAGUGCGCAAUGAAGCAAUGGCCUACUGCCAACGGAAGAAAGAUCAGCACCGUUUUGAUGGCCAGGGCAACUUUGAUAUGAGGAAGGCUCCAACUUAUGACUUGUUGGAGCAAAAGGAGAUUAUCGCAUAA